AUGCCAUCUCCACCCCCGCUAAGCGGCCUCCGCGUGCUCGAAUUCGCGGGCCUAGCCCCAGGCAUCACAACCUCUCCCAACCCAGCACCAACCGCCGACCUCCUCACGCGGCAUAAAUCCUCUAUAGCCGUAGACCUGAAAUCGCCCUCGGGCAUCGCGUUCAUUAAGGCCCUGCUGCCCACCACAGACAUUGUAAUCGAUCCAUUCCGGCCCGGUGUGUUGGAGAAGCUGGGGCUGGGACCUGAUGUCUUGCUGGGCAUUAAUCCGAGGAUUAUUCUUGCCCGUAUGACGGGGUUUAGGAGGGAUGGAAAGUAUAAAGAUAUGGCGGGGCACGAUAUAAACUACCUGGCCGUAUCUGGCGCCCUCUCUCUGCUCGGGCGUAAACACGAGAAUCCCAUGCCUCCUGCCAAUAUAUUGGGGGAUUUCGCUGGCGGUGGAGCGACGCUGUUCCAGGGUAUAUUGUUGGCGUUGCUUGAGAGGGGUAAGAGUGGAAAGGGGCAGGUUGUGGAGGCGAAUAUGGUAGAUGGGAGUUCGUAUCUCGUUACAUUUCCCCGCAUGUUGAUGGUAACACCGACAUGGAAUCGGCCUAGGGGAGAGAAUUUGUUGGAUGGAGGGAGUCCGUUCUAUGAUGCUUACGAGACGAAAGAUGGGAAGUAUAUGGCUGUUGGGGCUUUAGAACCCCAAUUCUUCAAAGAGUUGAUUCAAGGUUUGGGGCUUGAGGGCAAGGGGAUCGAGAAGAGUAGGGACGAUAGGAAUACCUGGCCUGCAUUGAAAGAGACAUUUACGCGGAUUUUCAAGAGCAGGACACGAGCCGAGUGGGAGAAGGUGUUUGAUGGCACGGAUGCGUGUUGUACGCCUGUUCUCGAUUACCACGAGCUGCGGAAAGAUCCUAGUAAGGAAGGAGACCAAAGACCAGCUGUCACGCUCCGAGGAUCACCAAGUCUUGCGCUCUCGCCCGGUUCAGCAUCGCGAGACCCAUCUACCGGCCAAGGAGCCGGGGUCAAAGGGGAAAGCUAUACAGGAACAACUUUAUCCCCCGGCCAAGGAGGAGAGGAAGCAUUGAAAGAAUGGCUAGGCUGGCAACGUGGGAAGGAUUUCCAGGUAGAGAAUGGAGGUUUGGUGAAGAAACCGUCUUCGAAAUUAUGA